CUUGUUUGAAAACGAUAUCGUACCGAAGAAAGAAGGUUGGCACAACAUGGAAAGUGGAUUGUCUAUUUAUUUAAUAAUUUGACGAAGAAGAAUAAUAAAUUGACACGGUGCUAUUAAAUAAUUUGCAAUGAAAAAUAAAGGUUAAUAUCAUUUGAUUGGUCUGAAGCUAAUGAAAGGAAAAAUGGUUGGGAAGGAAGCAGCAGUUUAUGUCUUAUUGUUUGGCCUAGUUUUUCAGACAACCUUUGGAUUUCUAGAAACUCUUGGAAUCCGAGCAAAACGUUCACUUGGUACGGUGGAAAGUUGCCACGAACUUUCAAAAAAGUUUGAAAAUUGUACUUCAAAGUUGAGUUGGAAUCUUAGAGAUUUACCGAGUUUCACUAACUGUCAUAGAAAAGACAGUUUAAAUUCCAGCAUUUGCGUGGAAAAUGCAUUGUGCAAAAAGAGUGAAUUCAUGGACUGGGAUGCUUUUGAAAAUAAAGCUGUUUCAUGUCCCAAGGAUGAGACAAUGAAGAAAGUAUUAUUUCUGAAGAUUUUAUGCUCUUCAAAAGGUACUUGUGUGAAGGGUCUGAUUCAGAAUUAUUUAGUUCAUAGAGCUGAUUGGAAUAAUUCAACAAAGUUACUUCAUCAUUUCAAUUCAUCUUCAGUUGCAUGUUGCUUUGGGUCAUUGAUAAAUCUCUAUAAUGCUUCGGGAAAUGUGACAGAGCUACUUCAAUCAACAUGGGUGAUGUCUGGAUUAAAAGUUCCACAAAAAUGUCUUAUAUCCAAGCAGAUUGAAAGAAAAGUUAAUACUACUUUAGUGUCAUCCACAACUCAGCCUUCUACUUUAAAGACAACUCAAAAUACCAAAACAUCUCUGGAGACAAGUUCACAGGAUAUAAAAACCACACAGGUAACAAAGAUUGAAACAACAACCAAGGUUACGGAAACAAAAGUACCAGCCAAAAAGUCUUCUUCAGGAAUCUCUUCAAAACUCAAAGCAAGUUUGGUUAUUGCUUCAAUAAUAUUCAUAGUUUUGGCUGUUGUGGUUACUAGAUUUGUUUAUCAUCGCAUUCAAAGAAGGAAAAUGGCAAAGUAUGAAGACUAUGGAUACAGCCAGCUGAAAGUUAUUUUAGACGACAAUCUUUAUGAAGACGACGAAGAUGAUGAUGAUCAACUACUCUCUGCAACAUAGCCUAACCACUGGGUCAUAAAUCAAAUAUGAAUUACAAUUGCAGCAUUUUCCAGAAUGUCAAAAAGACUGAGAAACACAUAGAAAAGUUGUUUUUUAAGUAAAAUGCAGAGUAGCUAGUUAUUUGGGUGCUUAACUGGUUUAGCUGCUCUGCAAAGUUGGAACAUGAAGUUAUUUUAAAUGUUGUUAUUCAUGGAUGGAAAUUUCCAUAAGAUGUCACUAAUUCAUAAAAUUUUAAAACAUUUGUCUGUGACUUUCUUUAUGUGGCUCAUGAACAUUUGCCUUAUUUGAAUGAAGCAAGUCUUGAUGUUUAAACACCAACCCCCUAAUAUAUCCACAAUUUUUCAAAAAACACAAGUAGGGACAGCCGUAAAUUUAAUUUGGUUGUCCCUUUCAGAUGGUUUUAUGUUAUUUCUUGUCUCACUGCACUAAUGGCUUACUGCACAGACUGAUUCUUUUGUGCAAGAAAGAGACAUCAUGCUGCACAACUUGCCUAAUUACACCCUCUUUAAUGGCCAGCAUCAUAAGCUUUAUGAUUUGUCAGCUUGGUGUUGUUGAUAUUGUUAAUUCAUCGAUUCCUCAGGUAUUUAUGUUGUUCAACAUUUUUUGCUAGAUUUGUAUAGUUUCACCUCUGAAAGAUGCCAGAUGCCAGGUGACGAAUUGUUUAUUUACCAGGUUUAGCAUCAUUAGAAUUCGGACAAUUUUAAGGAAAUUAGUAGAAUUUAAAAGUAGAUUUUCCAUUUUUAGUCAUGUGCAGGAUGACUGUUAGUAGUGACUCUAGAGAUUUACUCUUAAAUUACCUUUACUGCAUGUUGGUAAAAUUAUCUUUGCCCUUUGCUUAUUAGCAUAGGACAUUUUAGUUCCAAAGAUUUGGUUACCUAUUAUUAGAUGUCAAUAUCCUACAAACUGCUGCUUUUCAAAUUGUAUUUUGUUCCUAAACGUGACAUACAUAUGAUCUCCCUUGUGGAAACAUGCUCUUCAGAUAAUACUAUCUUAUAUGCAUCAGUGUGGUUAAGACUUUAACAUUCGGGGGGGGGGGGGCAUUUUUUUAUCAACAUAUAGAAAUGUCUAUAUUAAAAAUAAUGUACAGAGAUAAAACACCUCUCAUGUGAAAGAUAGUUAUUAGGUGACAUGUUCACAUUUUCAAGCUCAGUUUUGCAAACGUUUUGGUUCAAGACCCUCUAGAAAAUUGAAGGGCCAGGCCCUCUUUCUACCCCCUGAUUAUAUGUAGCCUCAUGGAAAUAUGAAGCAUUACGGGCACAUGUAGGCCAAAAAGGGGAACCUCCAAGAUCUGCAAAUGGGUAUUUUUCUUUGGUUUCUGAAAAGUGGGGGCACAUGCCCUUGUUCCUAUACCUGUGCCUAGUUUUUUUUCAAAAUAGUCCAUAGUUGUAUAUAGAAAAUUUGAAAGUAUUCCUGUAAUUUGAGAUUCUGCUUGAAAAUAUGUUGAAAAUGUUUACUUGUUGUUUUCAAUAGUAGAGUAUAUAUAAGAACAUAUAAUAUGCUGUAAAUUUGCUUCAUGAAUUGAAUGAUCAUUUUCUGAAAGUUUC